GGAUUUAGUGGGGACUUUUAACACCUGCUGUGGGGUGAAGGAGUUGCCAGAAGCUAAUGGGAUAGGUCUGAACCAUCCUGGACCUGGGGGAGGGGAGAAAAGGAGGCCAGACAUUAGAUGUGGGAAUUAAGGAUAAUAUGCUAGCCUUAUAUGUAUGCCUUCCUCCUACCCUUCAUCCUCUUUCUUUUUCUGUCCCUCUCCCUUGGGUGAUUAAGCAGCCGUCUGUCUCCUCCUUCAUUUUCUGCCCAGAAGUCCUUGUGUGCUUGCUGCAUGAAAGAGAAGACUGACAUGUCAGUGUGAAUGUGUGUUCAGUGGGAAGGGAUUAGUUUAAAAAAGAUUGCAUGCCCCACUGAAAAGGAGAAACCAAGCAAACCCUGACCCUAACCUCAAUCUUCCCAUCAACGACACCAGCAAAACCUUGGGAGGCAAGAUGGGGAACGUCAUGGAGGGGAAAACGGUGGAGGAGCUGAGCAGCACCGAAUGCCACCAGUGGUACAAGAAGUUUAUGACCGAGUGCCCGUCUGGCCAACUCACGCUGUAUGAGUUCAGACAAUUCUUUGGCUUGAAAAACCUGAGCCCUUCAGCUAGCCAGUACGUGGAGCAAAUGUUUGAGACAUUCGACUUCAACAAGGAUGGUUACAUUGACUUCAUGGAGUAUGUGGCUGCCCUGAGCCUGGUCUUGAAAGGGAAGGUGGAACAGAAGCUUCGCUGGUACUUUAAGCUGUAUGAUGUGGAUGGCAAUGGCUGCAUUGACAGAGGGGAGCUGCUCAACAUCAUCCGGGCUAUCCGAGCCAUUAACCCUUGCAGUGAUUCAACGAUGAGUGCGGAGGAAUUCACGGAGACAGUGUUUGCCAAGAUUGAUGUCAAUGGGGAUGGUGAGUUGUCUUUGGAGGAAUUCAUGGAGGGUGUCCAGAAGGAUGAGAUGUUGUUGGACACAUUGACCCGAAGCUUGGACCUUACCCACAUUGUUCGCAUGAUACAGAAUGGUGGGCAGAGUGAGGACCAAGGACAAGGGGAAGAUGGGGCAGCUGGGUGAACCCUGAGAAGAUCUGGAGCUAGUUUUGUACUCUUUAAAAAAAAUAUAUAUAUAUAUAUAUAUAUUAUGCAGCACCUACAUGGGUUUCAGUUUACUUCCUUUCAGAAUGUUAAUGGGCCAUUAGGGCUUCUGACCUUACAAGCAACAUGGUGUCACUAGUAGAUAGAACUUUGCAUAUGUAGUAAAGGAAAUCUGGAUUUGACUCUUCUCAUUAGCCAUGUGACACUGCUCAAAUCAUUUAACCUCCUUGAGUCUGCUUUUCUUCAUCUGAAAAAUGAAGGGGGUGGUUCCAAGGUCUCUUCCUAAAGCUAUGAUCCUAUAGCUGAUUUUCUGAGGGUCAUGGGACCUCCAUGAGGACCAUGGGAUAUAAUCUGGGUAUAAUCUGGGAAGGAUUCUGGCUUGGUGAAGAGGGAGAAGCCUGGAGCCUGAGUCAAUUUGCCUUGGUCUUCUUGAGUGAGUUAGGUGGGUUGGGGGUGUGCAGGGCUUUAAAUCACAAUAUCUCAAGGUUGAAAGGUAUCUCAGAAGUAAUUCAUUCUAACCCUUACCUGAGCACAAAUGCCUUCUUUAGCAUCCCUGAUAAGUGGUCUUCCAGCCUCUAAAAGCCAAUCCUAGCUUUCUCCUUAGUCUUGUCUUGCUCCCUUCUCAUCCUUCAAAAGUAGAGAUGGGAAAGGGUGGCCACUGAAGAAUGAAAGGGGAAAAGCUGAGGGGAAGGAGAUUUCAGAAAAGACAUUCCAACACCACUUUCCCUUCAGGGAGUUCUCAACCUAUCCUGGGUGACUCAUUCAUUCAAUAAACAUUUAGUAGCUCCUUAUUGUGUAUGAACCCCAUAAUAAGCACCGGAAGGCUCAAAAUUUAGAUAAAACACAGUUCUCACCUCCAAAGAUCCAAGUAAGAGUUGGUCUAAGAACCACCUUACCUAUUCCCUGCUGCUCCAGGUAGGGCUUCUAGUGAGGGCAAUGGAUCCAGUACUUUAGGGAGUACAGGAAAGGGGGAGAAAGCCAAGACUGUCUGACCUGUUUACCUUUUCAGAGAGGUUGGAAGAGAGCCAUCAGCAAUUUCAGAUAAUCAAGAAUGGGUCCCACACCAAAGCCAUGAUAGCACUUUGUCCUCCUCACUGCUGCAGGCACACUGCACCAUCCAGAAGUCUGUGUGUAUAUGUUUUGUGUAAUGCAUGCAUUCAGAGGUUGGGCAGAGAUGUGAGCUGUGGAUUUGUGUGCUGGAUAUGUGUAUUUGUGAUUAUGGGUGUAUAUACAUAUGAAGUGUAUAUUACUACUAUAUAUAUGUACAUUAUAUAUAUAUGUAUGUAUUUCACAUGGGCGUCAGUAGUAUUCUAUAGAAUUUUUAUUUUUACCAACCUUACAAAGAUUGGGUCAUCAUAUUUAUUCAACAAGUGUUUAUUGAGAAGAUGCAAUGUACUAAAUGCGGUUCUCCCCUCUCCUUCCCAUCCUUCACACAAUUACCAAGACAAUAUUAUAAGUCUGACCUAAUUACCACCUACUCCAAAGCCUGCAGC